GUCCAGGCUAUCCACCAGAUGUGCCCUGGCGUGUAUGGGUACUCCUACGACGAUGGGAUGGGCUUGAUCACUUGCGACGCAACGUCGACUUAUAUGUUCACAGUCGGGUGCCCUGGAAAGAAGCUUGAUGAAGCGACGCCUGAGCGCAGCAAUCGCACGCGGAAGGAGCACGUCUAUGACAUCCCCCGUGCGCACAUUGCAUCAGCAAUGCGCGGACACAAUUCCAGCACGAAAAAACCGGCACCCGCAGAGAAGCAGUCACUCAAGGAGGCUGGCAAAAAUGUUUCGAAGGUCAAGGUCGCGGCGAAGAAUCACACAGAAGAAAAGCCAGAGAAGAAGCCCUCAGAGCAGAAGCUCCAGCAAGGAAAGAGCAAGGAGGAGACGCUUUUGGAGAGCAAGCCCACAGAUGAGAAGCGCCCAACGAACAAGUCUUCAGCAGGAAGGCUUGUGGAAGAGAAUAAGACCGAAGAGAAGCCCUCAGAGGACAAGCACUCAUCGGACAAGCACGCAGAGGAGAUGAAAGCCAGAGAAGGUACACAGCCCAAGGAGACGGGCGCAAAGGACGAGGAUGCGAACAUUCAUCAUUAUUUGGACCCCUGCUUUGGAGUUUUGCUUUCAUAG